AUGUCCUCCCUCUCUGUCACGCACGCCUUUGAAGACGGCCGCUUCAUCCAAAGCACCUUCACCUCCGAGUCUGGCCUCACCACCAUCCUCCCCAAAGGCUUCGUUGAUGACAUCGUCAACGAUAUCGCGCUUAGCGACUACUCGGACGCCACCGACGCCGAACGAUAUCAGAUCUUCCGAGACGCUUUCAGUCUCUGCCUUAUAGGCAACACCCUCUUCGACGACUGCCCUUUUGAAAUCCUUCUUGACGAAGACGACGAAUAUUCCGUGGACCCUUCUUUCAAGGAGUUCGCUGACGAUGCCUUUCCUCCCGUGUCCGAUGCUAACUCGAUCGAUCAGCAACAGGUUUUUGUUGAUCUGCUUUUGGCUUGUCAGAGAUUGUCCAAGGUUUGCCGAGAGAUGGUGAUAUUGCGUGCCGCUUUGACUUCGACCGAGGAGUUUUAUCGUCGCAUGUAA